UAUUUACUGCUUUCACUAUUACAUUUAGGAACUUAAGCCAAAAGCCAAUCCUCUCAAAUAUCGUAUUCUGGAGAAUUGUGUUCUGCUGGCGACGAAGGCUAAACCAAGUGUUGAAUUGGCUUUGGCACAGUUCAUGGAAAUAGCUACAACUGAGCGUGAUUAUGUGCCAGCAUUAUUAGGAAUGGCUACAGCAUACAUGUACCUUAAACAAACACCCAGAGCAAGGAAUCAACUCAAACGRAUCGCUAAAAUGAACUGGACAUCUGAGGAUGCUGAAGAGUUCGAGAGAAGUUGGCUCCUACUAGCCGAUAUCUACAUCCAGUCUGGGAAGUAUGACAUGGCAAGUGACUUGCUAAAGAAAUGCAUACAGUACAACAAAUCUUGUUGUAAGGCGUGGGAAUACAUGGGUUUUAUCAUGGAGAAAGAACAAGCUUACAAAGAUGCUGCAAAGAAUUACGAAAACGCAUGGAAAAAUGGCAACAGAAAUAAUCCAACCAUUGGUUUCCGUUUAGCCUUCAAUUACCUGAAAGCCAAAAGAUACGUUGACGCUAUUGACGUGUGUCAUUUGGUGCUCAACCAGCAUCCRCACUAUCCUAAAAUCAAGAAGGAAAUCUUGGAUAAAGCUAGGAGCUUGAUACGUAUUUAAUCUGUCAUCUAUAAAUAAUGUGUAUAGUCGAUAUUAUACCUGUAGAUAUCUAUUUAGUGUCAGCUUAUUACACUUUAUUCCAUUCGUAUUUUGCAUGGACCUGUGSUAGAAAAAGRUCACUUCAAGGUCCAUGGUUAGCCGGCUUUCGCUUAUGUUUGAAAAUAACAACACCAAAAACUUACUCUUUAUUAUUCCUUUUUGAUCUAUGUGUGGAGAUAUUGUAAGGUUCGACUAAUGGAAAAGGCCGAUUGCGAAUGGAUAUUUAAAGUCGCCUCAUUUUCCAUACAUGAAAAAAUCUAAAACACGACCGCAUUGAAUGUCGCUUAACCAUGGUCCUUUAAUACGGUGAAAGUUGGUGAAUCAGAUAUCAAAGCGACAAAGAUCAGUUCUUGUAUAUAAGAGAAUAAGUAAAAGAAAGCAAUAAAGAAUAGAAAUGGAUUGAUCGAA